AUGCACUCUCAAUCCGCGCCCGACUUCUCCUCCCCUCUCUCCUCAACCACACGUCUGCAAACCGUCAGCGAACGCGAGCUCUCCCAACACAAACUGCACCCACGCUUCCUCCUCAAAUACCGCGUGACCGCCGAACUCGGCCAAGGCGCAACCGGCUUCGUCGUCGCCGCCCGCCGCAUCGAGGACGGCCGCCAGGUCGCAGUCAAAUUCAUGUACAAGAUCCGCAUCCCCGUCACCCACUGGUUGCGCGAUCGCCAGCUCGGCGGGACCGUGCCGCUGGAGAUAUACAUCCUCCGCCGGAUAAAGCACGAGCAUAUCGUCGAGUUCCUGGACUGCUUUGAGGACGAGCGGUUCUUCUACGUGGUUAUGGACGGAUCUUCCUUCACUGACCCGACCAUCACCAGCCCGGCUGCGACCAUCGCCACGAGCCCCGGCGGGCUCUUGCUCAACACCUCCACCGCGAACACCACGUUACGCCAACACACCACAUCCCCCAUCUACCGCCUCGUCAACCUCAACCAACCCUCCCCCCCACACAAAACCAGGACCCCGCGCCGCCACUCCCGCGACCUCUUUGAAACAAUCCAUCAAAACCCCACCCUCCCGGAACCCUCCAUCCACCACAUAUUCACCCAGAUAUGCCACGCUGUCCAGUACCUCCACGCCCACAACAUCGUCCACCGCGACAUCAAAGACGAGAACAUCGUCGUCACCGACCCGGUCUCACUAUCCGUCAAACUGAUCGAUUUCGGCAACGCGGCGUAUGUCCCCGAACGCGAACAGGAGUGGUUUGAAUCGUUUCACGGCACGCUGUACUGCGCUGCCCCCGAGAUUGUGCGGGGGGAGCGGUAUAGGGGCCCCGAGCAGGACGUGUGGAGUCUGGGCGUGCUGCUGUUCACGUUGGGGUUUGGUGGGCGGCCGUUCGGGGAUGCGAGGGAGGUGGAGGCGGGGAGGUGGAGGGGAAGAGCGAACGGAGAGGGGAGAAGUGAAGCGCUUAUGGAAGUCCUUGACAUGUGUCUCACCGUCGACGUUGCGAAACGCGCGACGAUCGAGGAGGUGCUGAAGAGUCGGUGGGUUAGUGAGGGCCCAAGUGGGUGUGAUAGGGUAGAGGUGCAGUCGCACCGGGAGGUUGAGGUUGCGGAGGGUGUGCAGCUGGUUGAGUAG